AUGAAUUCCUCUGAUCACUAGUAAUAGAAUUCAGUUGGUUGGUUGUUAAAUCUAGUGGGUAAAUUUUCUCCAAAAGAUUUGGAAAAGUCAAAUCUUAAAGAAAUUGGAGAAGAAUACAUGAAAAAGAUUUUACUCUAUCCUUAACUUCAAUCUGGGAAUGUUUUUACCUACAAUCAAUAGAAGUAGGAAUUCUCUGAGAAACUCUUUCAUAUCUAUCCUAAUAUUCUAAUAUGCUAACAUGAUAGAAUUCAUACUCAUUUGAUACUGAGUAAUUGCAGUAUCUAAAAGGAGCUAAUUCAAUACAAAGAAGCGAAAACCUAUGGAUUAAUAAUUUCUAACAAUUUGGGAAACACUUACUUAUUCUUCCCAUAAUUCAUUCAGUAUAGAAAUUGGUAUAAAUUAAUGAAACAAUAUUGUAAAUUAAAUGAUUUCUUUGGGAAGUACAAAUUAACCGAUAGAAUGUUACCUGGAGUAUAUCAAUGCUAUAAGAAAUCUAACAAUGCUUAAUUCACUGUUCAAAUUUAUAAGAUGGAAGAUUUUGAAUAAUGGCCUGAAAUAGAAGAAGUAGUACAUAAUGAGAUUUAAAUGCUCCGAUCUAUUAAGCAUUAAAACUUGUUGUAAUUAAGGAGAGUAUAUGAAGAUGACUCAUAUUUAUUUAUCCUAUAUGAACAUUUCAAAGGAGAGUCCCUUUAUAAUUUAAUAAUAACCAAUCCCUUACACGAAUAAUUACCAUCUCUAUUCAAUUAGAUUGUUUACUAAAUCUUACAACUACUUAAAUUCUUAGAUAAACAUCAAUUUUAUCAUGGAAAUCUAAAUCCUCUCAACAUAAUCAUCAACUCUAAUAACUAACUCCUUUAGAUCUUUAUGAUUAACUUGUCCUUCAAGCAAUACAGAAUAAAUGAUAAAUUAGAUUGGAUUUUGAAUAGACAAAUCGAAGGAUUCAUAGCUCCUGAGUUCUACAAUGGAGUACCGCCAAACAUCACUUCCGAUCUAUAUAGUCUUGGUGUCUUGCUUUACUUUAUGACAUUCCCGUCACAAUUACCAAGUGAGAAGCAUUUUGACAAAUAUGAAAUUGACACUACCAAAAUCUAGAAAUUAUUGUAAAAGAAAUUUUCCUAAAAUCCUAUUGAGGGCAACUCUCCACUUGAUAAAUCAAUUGAAAAAAACAUUAGUUUAAGUGAAUUAGAUUUAUUAUCGAAAUUGCUAUACACCAAUCCUAAGCAAAGAAUUACCAUAUCUGAUAGUAUGAAACAUCAUUGGUUUGUGAAUAUCAAGAGUAAAAUCAAAUAACUGAAUGUUGUUAAGAAGAAAAAAGUAGAAUUACCUUCAUUAAGAACUAUCAUAGAAUUAAGAUCCUAAAGUGAACUGGAUCUAAAGGUUCAAUCUUAACUAUCCAAUAACAGAAGGCAGUCAAGAUUAGCUGUUAAUUAGGUUGACGAUUUUGAUUUAGUUCCUGAUGAAGGACAUCCUUUAGAGUAGGUUGCUGAUCUAGAUUUUUGUUAAUUACUAAGAAGCAGCACUUAAUUAAGAAAAUUGUAAACACUAAGUAACAAAUCCAUUGGAUGAUUUAAUUCGAUUGCAUGAUUCAUAAAAAUAUAUAUAUAAGAUCUCCUAAUUAUCAGUUUAAAUCUAAUA